GGCCGUCGUGCUGUACACUAUGCUGCCAUGAGUGGUCAUACUUUGAACGUGAUUGCGCUGGCUGCCUACGAUGCCGAGAUCGAUGUUCGCACAAACAACGGAAGGACAGCGCUACAUGGAUCAUGUUGGAAUGGACACACACAGACAGCGUUACAGCUCGUGGAGAUGGGUGCAGAUCAUGCGAUCCGAAGUACAGAUGGAGCGACUCCUUUGAUGGAUGCAGCUCGAAACGGGUACGGAGUUUCUGACGUCUGUUUGCAAGGUUCUGCUUCGAUUCUACUGGAUUUUAAAGCUGACUUAGAAGCGCGGAACAAUAGAGGAAGCACUCCUCUUCUGUCGGCAGCUUCUUCGGGACAUGUAGAGACUACGAAACUGCUGUUGGAUGCAAAGGCAGAUGUCAAUGCUGUGAAUGACGACAAACGCUCGGCCCUUCACUUUGCCACUUGGAAUUGUCAUCCUCGUGCUGUCUUGUUACUGUUGCAGUACGGAGCAGACAUGCGACUUGCCGGAGAAGACGGAAUCACAGCUUCAGACGGCAUCUGCCACCCGGAUUUUGAUUGGCCUCCAGAUAUCCUUCAAGAACUUCAUACUCUGCGUCUUCCAAACAGCCCGAUGCACACUGCAGCAGGAAUAGGGGAUAGCAAGCGAGUAUCUAACUUGGUGAGUAUUGGAGUUGAUGUCAAUUGCCCGAAUGACGUCGGAGAUACUCCGCUGCACUGGGCUGUUCGCAAUCGUCGCUUGCACACGAGUACAGUUCUGUUGGAACUUGGCGCAGAUGUCAUGAAAAGCAACCGUUUUGGUGUUACAGCAUGCAAAGAAAUGCUAACCUACAUGGACAACAUGCAACAAGAAUGCCUAGAAAAGAAAAUCCUUGAAAUAUCCAAUCAAAAAGGUUCAUUGGUCAAGUUGCAUAGGAGAGGGAAUGCCGUAAGUACGAGAUAG